UGUGAGAGCUAUAUGGAGAAAUGGCCCUGGAAUUACUUUUUAAACUGUACAGUGGCACAAACGUACAUUAUCCCAAUGUGAAUAUAGUUGGAGUGAAUCUUAAAAUAGCAGCGGGGGUGGUAAGGAGGUAUUUGGCUACGACUCACAAUAUGUAGGUAACUACUUUUACAGUGUAUUUCUACCUUGCUUUUGAACUAGUUUUUGAAAUGAAUAAUGAAGUGGUUGCAGCAAAGGAAAAAAAAAAUCUUAACAGGAAAAAAAGGUGGGGGAAGCACUUCUAAAAUCUAGCAUUUAACCAGUCAAUUUGGCGUCUUUACUUCUACUGUGUUUCAGCUUCCCCAAAAUCCCAAACUCUCCCACCAUCUCUAACUAUCUUAACUGUAAUCAGGUGUGCGGUAUGCGCUGCCUGGUUUCCCGUCAAGCUGGUGUUACGUCAUCAGAUUGUGACGUACCGCCCCCUGUGCGUGCUCAAUUGUGAGGUCACAUGCUCUCUCUGGUAUAUAAAGCUGGACUCUGCCUAGCAUCCCACUUGCACCAGGCAGUGAGGGACGCUGAGCGUCCUGGCCCGCUCCUUUCCGGGCGGCUAGCGGCCCCCUGCUUCCCAACUGCCAGCUGAGUGCCUCAGUUCCUGAGAAGAGGGAAGAGGUUUGAAGAGGCACCAUGAGCCUCCUGUUCCUGCUAGUGAGCAGCAUUCUGUUUGCCUUCAUGUUUGUCUUCUGGAAAACCUGGUUUCAGAGAAACACUGGUGAAAUGUCAUCAAAUUCAACUUCUGUUGCACUAGUAAGAUCAUACUCUUCUACUCGGUCAACUAAGAGCAAUACUGAUAAGAGUCUUUCGGUCAACAAUCUCUCUCGGGAUAUCUUAAUUAAUUUCCCACACUCAAUAGCCAUGCAGAAGCGAAUAUUGGUAAACCUCAGGAUCGUGGAAUACAAGCUGGCUGAACUGGAACAAUUCCUAGUUACUAAGGGUUUAAAUGGUGCAUUAGUUAACCGGAAAUCCACUGACAAGCCUACAGAAUGUAAUAACAAUUGA